UUAAUGUAUAUAGCUAAUUUGGUUGCCUGGGUUAUAUUAAAGAACGUCAAAGCUGGCGAUGGUAUCUGCCUGUAUUUACUAGUUUGUUGUGUUUUAGUUGGUUAAGUUACGUGCUCUUCGGUCAUGUUCAUCAAUUUACCAUGGUCUCAAUGGUACUUGAUGCUGUUCAUCGUAUUCACAGCCGUUGCAGGUGACUACUUGGUAUCGCGUUCUAGGUUGCAGAUGAUCAAAGCAUUUUUCGACAAUAUAACCCACGCAAUUAUCGGUGCGCUCUCUUGGUACACCGUUUGCUCCCAAUACAAAAACAGAAGCAGCACAAGCACCCUGUGCGAGGUUCUCAUGUGCACAUUCGCUUCAUCCGUCGUGGACAUCGACCACUUUCUAGCUGCCGGAUCACUAAGUUUAUCUGCUGCUACCAAUUUAGAGAAUAGACCUAUCUUUCACUGCAGCACCAUUCCAAUAGUAUCCACCAUAGUGGGUCUCUGUAUAAGCAAAUAUUUCAACCUUCCUGUCUUCGAGAAAGCCGUCUUCAUCUUCUUCACAGCGCUGGCAACCCACCAUACAAGAGACGCAAAUCGCAGAGGAUAUUGGGUACCCCCGUUCGGAAGCACCAAGCCACUUCCUUAUACCCUCUACAUCAUCAUCACCUUAGCUAUACCAUAUUUCGUCAGUGGCCUCAUGAAAUUCUCCAACGUGCAAAAACAAUACAAAUACACCACUAUCAUAGUAUAAAAUUUCCUAAUUUUCUUUUAAUCUCACCUAUCAGUAAUAUCGAUGUACCAGUAAUCAGACGAGAUUAACAUUGUAUAGGGGGGAA